UCAGGAGCUAAACCUGAGGAGGUGGCGCUGAUGAACGGCCUGACAGUGAAUUUACACCUUCUGCUGCUCUCCUUCUACAAACCCACAGCGGCUCGACACAAAAUCCUCCUGGAGGACAAAGCUUUUCCUUCAGACCACUACGCCGUCGAGUCUCAGAUUACACUGCGAGGAUUCGACCCUCAGAGGAGCAUGGUGCUGCUGUCGCCCAGACCGGGUGAGGAGACUCUGAGGACGGAGGACAUCCUGGAGGUGAUCGAGAAGGAGGGCGACUCCGUCGCUGUGGUGAUGUUCAGCGGCGUUCAGUAUUACACCGGCCAGCUGUUCGACAUGGCGGCCAUCACCGAGGCCGGACACAGGAAGGGCUGUUUCGUUGGUUUCGAUUGCGCUCACGCUGCAGGGAACGCAGAGCUGAAGCUGCACGACUGGGGGGUCGACUUUGCCUGCUGGUGCUCCUACAAGUAUAUAAAUUCAGGUGCAGGCGGUCUGGCCGGCGCGUUUAUCCACCAGAAACACAAAGACACCAUCAAACCUGCGUUGCUGGGAUGGUGGGGACACGACCUGAAAACUCGCUUCCAGAUGAAUAACG